AUGUCUUCAAAGCGUGCGCGGAAAGCGAACCCAUACUUGGAUAUCGAGGCUAUCGUCGACAACGAGGAGGAGGAGGAGGAGGAGGAAGAAGAAGAAGAGGAGGAGGAACUGGCCGAGUUGCUCGCCGACGUCCAACGCACUCAACAAGCUCGGGCGCGUCUUGAUAAUGCAUGUGUCAGCGAUGAUGCUGCUGAUGCAGAAGCCAUGGCUCAGUCUAUUACGGAGAGAGACAUGGCGGCUAAAUCCACGGAAAAUGGUUUCCUCUCUCCUUGGGUGUGCAUCUCGCGUGGUACAUAUAAGCACGAUGUGGCCUUCGUGGAGUCACGAGAGGACUCUCUCCUCCGUGUCUGGGUGGUUCCGCACUUGCCUACUACAAAAAAGCGGCAGCACGGAAGAACUUCUCAGCAACCGAUGCCGCCAGCAUUACUGAAGGAGUUGUUCGGAGAGGCUGUGACAGAAAGCGAAGGUGAUCGGCUGAUACAUAUUCUCAAGGGCAAGAAGUUCAAAGGCGGCCUCCUGCAGCUCGAACUCACUUUGGACCGGGUGACUUUCGACAUCCACGCGACUCGAAACGAUGUAUUCGUCUUUAAUGCAGCGAAAUUCGUGCCAAAGACAGCAAUAGCAAAGCUCAUUCUAUUCUGUGUUGACUUCGAAUUGGCUGCAGGCACGCGUGUGAUCGUUAUACAGGGCGAGCAAUGCGGCCUCAUCGGUGUCAUGCAUUCAGUCAUUAAUGGACAGGCUACGCUAACCAAUCUCUACCACGAGAAGUUGGAUGACGAACUUUCAUCUCUCGUGCUACCUGUAACUCAGUUACACCCCCUUUGGGCAGUUGGCGAUGCGGUCAAAGUUAAGACGGGCCUCCAUGCGGGCUUGGAAGGGCAAGUGAUUGCCGUGGAUGAUUUCGAUGUCACGAUUGUUCACGCGAACAAAGUCGAGCAUCAUGUGUUACCCUGGGAUCUCUUACUCACAGAGUCCGAGGCAGAAUGGACCUCGAUACAGCCGUCGGUGACAGUAUCAAGGCCGGGAGAGCAGCGCCCCUCACGCUCUGAGAUGCAAACGGAGGAAGAGGUGGAGAUGGAGCUUGCCCUCAAGCAUCCUGACCGACAGAAUCCCGACAUCGGGCAAGCAGUGCGUGUCAUCAAAGGCCCUUUGAAGGGAUUUGUGGGCACAUUGCGAAACGUCACGUACCACGGCGAUUACGAAGUUGAGCUUGAAGCCAAGCUUUUAACCUCGAGGGGCGUCCUCUUGUUCCAAAAGCCCGAGAUCGCAUUCCGGUCAGAAGAAAGGGGCAACAUCGACACGGCGAAGCAUGGUCCGCUCCCUGAGCAGCCUCGGACCUCAUUGGGCCACGAAUUAGAACCCGCGUCACACGACACAGAUUCGGCGUGGGCGUAUUUGGUGGAACUUAAUGGACCCGAUGGAUCGAUGUCUUUAGUCGAACCUAAUGCCGGUCAACUCCGAGACAAGCUGAUGACCACGGUGAAGGGAGCCUCCCCAGUGGACGGCAAGGUGCGAUGCGAAUACUGGACGCGAAAGCUAGAAUAUGCCGAUGUCUCUCUCCAAGACCUCGUCAUAUUGCGACCAGGCCCUGGCGAUUAUGCGAUCAUGUGUAAGCAUGGCCCCAACUUCGGAGCAUACGGCAAAACGAUGCGGGGCAUGGCAGACCCGCUUGUUCUAGUACUGGAAGAAGGCAGCAGGACGCUUAGGGUGGAUAGGGAUGACUUGGCCCAGCUUGUGUGCAAAUAA